AUAAAAGCACAGGCAGCCUCCUCAGAGAGAAAACUCCGUCCCGGCGGCUCCGGCACCAGGGUCCAGUCUGCGACUGCCCGUCCAGGCCUGGACGCUGGAUCAACACCUGUGACUUCACGUGUGCGCUCCCGCCACAUCUGUAGUCACAUCUAUAGUCACCUUGGCCGAGAAAGCCACACUUAGGCAACGUAGGUGGCUACAAGCUCUCGAACCUCAACUGUGACCCUCAGUACCCUAACACCUGGGUCACAUUUGUGACAAAUUCUCAUCUGCCAUCAACACACGUAACACUCGGCCACACUAUCUGCGGCCACAACCUGACACCGUAGUGACACCCAGGGAACGCUUUUACCUCCCUUGUGGUAACACCUGACUGCCCCAGUGACUGCAGCCCGCCACAGCGAAGGGCCCACUCUGAUUCUCCCAGACUGUUCUUGUAGGAGGAGGAAUGGCCGUGGAGAGGGGGCCCCAGCGCUUGCUGUUUGGAGAGUGGCUUCUGGGCGAAGUCAGCAGCGGCCGGUAUGAGGGGCUGCGGUGGCUGAACGAGGCUCGCACCGUCUUCCGAGUGCCAUGGAAGCACUUCGCACGCAAGGAUCUAAGCGAGGCUGACCCACGCAUCUUCAAGGCCUGGGCGGUGGCCCGAGGCAGGUGGCCACCUAGUGGAGGUGACCUGCCACCCCCUGAGGCUGAGGCUGCAGAACGGGCAGGCUGGAAAACCAACUUCCGCUGUGCGCUUCACAGUACGCGGCGUUUCAUCAUGCUGAGAGACAAUUCGGGGGACCCUGUCGACCCGCACAAGGUGUAUGCCCUUAGCCUGGAGCAAGGGUCGGCAGAAACUGGUUGGAGAAAAGCUGGUUGGAGACCCAGCUCCUCUCCUUCCCAGGUGUGUCUGGGCCCAGCUACGGAUAAGAGGGAAGAAGUGACUCUCAGCAGUGCCCCACCUACACAGGAUGCAUCUCUGGGACCCGUCAUGGCAAGAGGAAAUGCUGAGCACCAAACUCUAAAUCCUUUGCUUUCUGUUGACACUGAGGACCUCUUGCUUCAAGCUCUGCAGCACAGCCAUCUGGGGGACCAUCUGCUGGAAACUGAGUCGGGGGCAGAUUCAGACCCCCCACAGGCUCCUGGCCCAGAGCAAGAGCAUGCUUCUGAGGAGGCCUGUGUAGCCUGGGCGAUGGAAACUGUGCCCAGUCCCGGGCAACACCCAGCUCUAAUGACAGAGCUCAGUCCAGGGCCCCUGGACGUGACCAUCAUGUACAAGGGCCGCACAGUGCUACACGAAGUGGUGGGACACCACAGCUGUGUGUUCCUGUACAGCCCCAUGGGCUCAGCCGUGGGAGCUACAGAGCCUCAGCCCCAGCCGGUGAUCUUUCCCAGCCCCGCUGAGCUCCCUGACCAGAAGCAGCUGCAGUACACUGAGCAGCUUCUGCAGCAUGUGGCCCCAGGCCUGCAGCUGGAGCUGCGGGGGCUUUCUUUGUGGGCCCUGCGUAUGGGCAAGUGCAAGGUGUACUGGGAGGUGGGCAGCCCCAUGGGCUCCACCAAUCCCUCCACUCCAGCUCAGCUGUUAGAGCGCAACUGCCACACCCCGAUCUUCGAUUUCACCACUUUCUUCCAAGAGCUGAGGGAGUUCCGGGCCCGGAAGCGGCAAGGCUCACCACACUAUACCAUCUACCUGGGCUUUGGGCAAGACUUGUCAGCUGGGAGGCCCAAGGAGAAGAGCCUGAUCCUGGUGAAGCUGGAGCCCUGGCUGUGCCGGAUACACCUGGAGGGCGUGCAGCGGGAGGGUGUAUCCUCCCUGGACAGCAGCAGUCUUGGCCUGUGCCUGUCUAGCACCAACAGUCUCUAUGAUGACAUUGAGCACUUCCUCAUGGAGCUGGAGCAGAGGGCCUAGACCAGAACCCCAACCUUCAAUAAAGAGCGCCCAGAACCAGUGCUGUCCUAA